AUGCGGGGGCGUUCAUUCUGGAUCUCCUUGGCGACUCGGAGGAUGGGGGCUAUGGAUUGGAGGGAAGAGGGAACAACCUCACUGUCGAAGACCUCCAUGGAGAAGGUGGUGGUGGCAGCACUGCGUGAUGGCCGUCGCAUCAGGGAGGAUGGCUGGCCGGACGACUCAUUUUCCACCGGUAACUUCGACAUCUUCUACUCUCGUUCGCUAGCUCAUCUAAGCUGCGACUACACAAAUAUGCCUUCACUAUGUCUCAGUCUCACCGGCGUACCAGUUUAUGUACAUAUCAGUAAAGAAAUUGGAGUUGGAAACUGGAAAGAGUAUCUAUCGAGGAAUUUGUGA